ACCGGAAGUGAGAUGAUAUCAACAACCUAGGUGACAAGUUAGGGAAAACUUUCCUUAACUCGAAACCUAUAUGCUUCCUAAGUUUUAAAUACGACAUGAUUUGUCGUGAUAGUAACAGGUACGUUAUGAGGGACGUGUUUCCCUUUGUGUGACGGAAGUUGUAGAUUAAUACUCAAACUCAGUGGUUAGUGAAGCCUUUUGAAGCCGCUAGGUAAGCUCACUGUUAUCUGUCAGCUGACCCCUGUGAAUUCAUUUCAGUAUAUAAACAUUGGUCUAAUAUGCACAGGUGUAGCUCUGCGUGGAGAUUUAGUGUAGCUGUAUUGUCUGCUCGCUGUCUUUGACUCGUCCAGGUAGUUUUUAUGUGUCUCUGACAGGGCAGCCAGUUUGCAAUGGUGCUGCAGCUGCUCCCACCUGUCAACUAGCUGGCUCCUCUCCUCCUCUCCUCCUCCUCGUCUCCUCCUCGUCUCCUCCUCUCCUCCUCCAAUGGCCCACUGCGGAUCUUCCGAGCCGAGCGCUACUAAGGUCCAGACUCCGCGUCCCGACAGCAUGGCGUCGUCGCAGGGCAGCGUGGACCAGAGCAUGAAGCCCGUGUUGUUCGAGAUCUUCGGGGAGAUGUGGACCGUCCAGUCCCGGCUCGGCCAGGGAGUCUCGGCCUCUGUGUACAGGGUCAGCUCGGGCACAGCCUCCACCGCCGCUGUCAAGGAGUUCCAGGCCGACACUCAGGGAGGAGACUACGGGUACCACAAGGAGAGGUCCGUGCUGGAAGACAUCCAGGGACAUAAAAACAUCGUGACGCUGUACGGCGUGUUCACCAACCACAGCUGUACGGGUGUCACCACCCGCUGUCUUCUGCUGGAGCUCCUGGAUGUCAGUGUGUCCGAGCUGUUGGUCAGAGGCAACAGUGGAUCUCAGGAUGGGAGGUCUCAGCAGGGCCAUUCCAUGUGGCUCGUCCAGCACUGUGCCAGAGAUAUCCUAGAGGCCCUUGCCUUCCUUCACAGGGAAGGCUACGUCCAUGCUGACCUUAAGCCACGCAACAUCCUCUGGAGCGCUGACGACGAGUGCUUCAAGCUCAUCGACUUCGGCCUCAGCUUCAAGGAGGGAAACCAGGAUGUCAAGUACAUUCAAACAGACGGGUAUCGCGCUCCAGAGGCCGAGCUUCAGAACAACCUCGCUCAGGCUGGGGUGGAGAUGGAGGGGGACUCGGGCUGCUCGUCCGCCGUCGACAUGUGGAGCCUCGGUAUCAUCCUGUUGGAGAUGUUCUCAGGAAUCAAACUCAAAGACACCGUCCGCUCGAAGGAGUGGAAGGAUAACUGUGCUGCCAUUGUCGACCAUAUUUUUGCCAGCAACAGUCUGGUGUCUCCAGCCAUCCCUGUCUAUCACCUCAGAGACCUUAUCAAAAGCAUGCUCCUCAACAACCCAAAGCAAAGAUGCACGGCUGAAACUGCCCUGCUGAGCCCAUUCUUCAGUAUCCCCUUUGCUCCUCACAUUGAGGACAUGGUCCUGCUGCCCUCUCCUGUCCUGCGUCUGCUAAACCUGAUCGAGGACAGCCACCUGCACAACGACGAGGAGUAUGAAGACAUCCUGGAGGACAUGAAAGAGGAGUGUCAGAAGUACGGCUCGGUGGUCUCUCUGCUCAUCCCCAAAGAGAACCCAGGAAAAGGACAGGUCUUCGUCGAGUACGCCAACUCCGGUGACUCCAAAGAGGCUCAGAGGCUGCUGACAGGCCGCACCUUUGAUGGAAAGUUUGUCGUUGCCACCUUUUAUCCUCUCAGCGCCUAUAAAAGAGGUUACUUGUACCAGACUGUGCAGUAAAGUCCUGAAGCUGAGUUUAUACCUCUGCACUAUUCACGUUAAAUAAAAAAUACGUCUACAUAUAGCAGCAUAGGGGAGAAGUCUUUAUCUCCCCAUAUACAUGCAGAUCAUUUUCAGUGAAUAAUGUGUAGUUAGAAGUUCUGCAUGCUAGCUCUGGUUUUCUGCAGUACAUUCAGGCUUUCAUGCAGAGUGUGAACUGAAGACUUCAUUUCUGCUGCUUCCAGUGCAUUACUCUUAUCAGUGCACAACCUUCUAGUGCUUUAAAGGUCACAUGUUAUCCUCCUUUUCAACCAGUUCAAAUAAGUCUCAGAGCUCCCCAAUCAUCCUGUGUUUGAUCAUGCCUAUAAACCCCUCUAUUUCAGCCCUGAAACACAUGCUGUGUCUGUAGCAUUAACUGUAAAUGAGCUGUUUUUGACCACACCCUGGCUCUGCUCCAUGCCCUGUUGUUAACAGGGAGAAGGCAGACUCAGAAGGCAGAACAAACACCAAGCACAUUAGGGAGGAGUUACUGCCCUUUGUGAUGUCAUGAAGGGAAACAGUCUAUUUGAACACACAUUUUCUGAAAAGUGGAGCAGGCAAAAGACUUAGAGGAUGGACUUUUUCCUCAUAAUUGGGGGAUUUGUAGACACACUAUGGACACAUAAAGUGUAUUUUGCAUAAUAUGUGACCUUUAAAGAAACCUGCACUUUUCUAACUUUUCACAACUCUGGACCCUGAGUUUGUAAUCUGGGUUCAGCAGUUAACUUUCUAACUACUAUUUCACUCUCAUUUAUUCAGAAGUUAGCAGGCUGCAUGAUAAGGACACACAAAUCUUCCCUCAUGAGAGUCGCAGAUCAAAAGCCUUUGUCCAAUGUUCAGUGUUAAGAAUUUGGAAAUGUGCUUAAAGUUUUGUUGAAAUAUCAGUGAAACUCUAAAUAUCAUCAGUUGAGUCAGGGAUGUGAUUACAAACAUGUAGCAGGAUAACACUGAAGUCUCCCAGCACUGAUGAAUCAACUGAGGGUUUCCUGUGGUGAAGUAGUGUCCUAUGUUUGAUGAGUAGUUUUGUUAUUUUAUUGUUUCCUAUUUAUUUGAGUUCUAUACAUGUUAAUGAGAGUAUCAGUGUGGUACAGCAGGAUCUGCACUUAUCCUCUGCUGGCUCCUCAGGCAGGUUUCAGGGAGAUCCUGCCUCUUAUCAGGUGGUAGUUUUUUACUCAUGGUCUCUCUGCCUUCACCUGAGCACAGGCGAGGCCACAAGGCUCUUAGUGCCCUGUUUGGCAUUUUGACUUCAGCACUGAAUGGGAAUGUAAGGAAGUGAGAUUUAUUUUUGGGCUUUCUGUGCCUCUAUUGUAGAGAUAGGACUGAGUAGGAAAUCAGGGACAGACAGAGACAGUGAGGAAUGACAUGCAGGAUUGGAGCCACAGGUCGGAUUCGAACCUGGGCCGCCUGCUUGGAGGACUAGAGCCUCCUUUUAUGGGGCAUGCACACUUACCACUACGCUUCCAGCGCCCCAGAAGUUAGAAUUGUUCUAAGCAAGUUGAAAAUGGUCAGAUUUCUUGUAGAUGUGCAGUCAGGAAAAACGUGAUGCUUGAGUAAAAAUGUCCUUUUCCCAAAUGGAAAAAAGUCCUAUGAACAAAGUAGCUUUAGUUCCAUCAACAAUAAAAAAUACUUCAAGCAAAGCUUUUAUAUGAUAUAUAUGGUGGAAUAUGAAUGAGGGUGUAUAGAGCCGUGCAUGCAGUUCCUUUGCAGUACAUGUUCAGCUGUUUCUCCAUCGUGUAAGGAGUUAUUUAAUACCACUUAAUGUAGAGGAUUUUGGUUUCUGUCAAAUGUUUCUAACAGCUCAGGUUGGUGUUGGUAGAAAAACAAUCAGACAUGAUUGAAGCAGUUGCAGUCUGAGUGUUACUCUCUCCAGAGCUGGACAUUUCCAAGCUUUAGUACCCACAUGAGCUCAAUUCAAAGCUUGAUCCAAAGGCAAGCAAUCCAGACUGUGAUGUGAGUCAUCCUUGAUCAUUAGCGUGCUAAUGAUCCACAUAGGCUUAUAUUUCUGGCUCCGUCAACCAGUUAAUUUAGAACUGAAGAAUCCUUUCGGAGGAGAGGCGAAACGUCAGUCCAGUUGGCUUUGGAUCAAGCUUGGAAUGUACCAUGACUGAGAACCUCCACAGACACAUGAGCUAAAGGACGACUAUGCAGCAGUUGUUGUACUAACCAGGACAGGGUAGUAGGGACAUCUUAAAUAAUCCUCGAGUGCUUCUAUCACUCUUGGUCUUUAAGUAAGUUUGUUCAUGAAACUAUGCUAAUAGCAUUAGCUCGUAUUGAGUCUAAUGAAUCACUAAUCUGACAGAAAUGUUAUGAAUGCUGUGCAGUCUUGAGACACACAAAAUGGUAUAGUUUCGUGACAUUGGUUCUUAAAGGACCUGAAGACAGGUUUACUGUCCAGAAAGAAGCUGCAUGAUUGGGUUUGAUUGCGGCUUCAGAUUCAGCCUACUUUGUACUCUUAGGUGAUGUUUUGUUGGAAAAUCCUUUUUGUUGUAGAAGCAGACAUUUUUUGUUGUUGUUUUUUUUCCUUUUAGUUCCUCAAAAUAAAAUGCAUUAAAUAUGUCCCAGUAACCCAGCACCCUAUCACAGGGAAUUAAAGACGAUUUCUACACAAGUGCCCUACGACAUUCAAGAUCGCUAACCAACCAACAUGCUGCUAUAACAAACACCGGUGCUACACCAACAUGAGUUUCUUCCUUGUGUUGCCCAGACCGUUUUAUAUGCCUUAGAGAAGAGUUUCCCUCCCAGCAGAUGUUUUUCUGUUCGUUCACAAAACAAGACUGCUGGAGUCACGAGCACUGAGCAGUCAUGUGUUGGAGUGUCUCCAUAGAGACGCUAAUUUCCCUUUUUGUACUGAUUUAUUGUGAAAGAAACAUGCAGCUUUUUGAAGGCCUGUGGCUGCUACACCUCAAAGUGACACCGACAUCAUUAUGCUUAAAAUGCAACCAACCACAGAACAUCAUAAUCUGACAGCGUUAGAUUUAAUGACUAAAAACCAAACAAGCUAACCACACACUCAACUAGCUUCAACUGCUUCUUAGCAUUCAUCAGGACUGUUCAGCCUAACGCUGAGUAAAGCUCGGUCACAAAUCUUGACCCUACCAUUUAGCCCUGUCUCUGCAUUUUGCACGUUCACAUCAUGGGGUAGGAUGUCCUGAUUCUUGUUGGACUGGAGGAAUGGGUGACGUGUUGGGCCUGCAUUGACCUCCAAACUGAGAUUCUUCAUAGACACACUCCAAACCAAAUGUUAUUGAGAAAUCUCCCAGAAUGCCUUUCCGGUAACGUCUGUUUACAUAAUGCCAUCGACGACUACUGAUGAUGCUUCAGGGGUCUUAAAGGGUCCUCUCAUUUUCACUACCCCUUGUAAGUCUGUUCUGAGGGGCAAAGGGAGCUUAGAAACGAGGGGGAGGGGGGUGAAGAUUAGACUGAGCCUAUAGUCACAUCUACAGAAGAGAAGGAGAGUGAGAGAGUUAGCACAAUGACUGAGUACCUACAUUUGAGUCAUAGUUACUUCAGUUAACGAUUAUUAGCUAACAUUAGCAACCAUGAGACAGCAGAACUACACGGCCCACAGUCCUGCUCUGAAGACUUCAAACUGGUUCACUCGUGUUGUAAAGCACAAAUAGGUUCAGCUCUGUUCAAAGGGUUAUUGUGAUUUGAGUGAAACAGAGAAGUUCUUAUUAAAUAAGACAAUAUUGAAUACUUCUAAACGUGUGAAUCGAUCUUCGCCUGAGACCAAUUUAUAUUAAAUAAUGUGCGGCUGCUUUCUCCGUUAUGAACGUGUUUAAAAACAGAAACUAUAAGAAGCUGUGGUUUUGUCUUCUAAUAAGUUCCACAAAAAACCUAUUUUUCUACGAGCUUUAUUUGAAUGUGCCUAAAAUGUGAAUUCCAAAGUUUGCUCUCAAGAGUAGCUGGCCUCAAAGUCCGUACAGCACUUUGAAAUCGGUGGUCAGCGUCGUCCGUUUGUAACCAAUGAUCCUUAAAUGAAAACCCCCAUGUUUAAAAGUAAAGAACCACAUUUUCUUCCAAAGUUACUUCAUAUUUUUUCAGUUUGUUAACGAUGGUACAGAAAGUUGGUCUUGGAAAAUGUCCAGAAAUCCCUUGAAGGUAUUCAAACUUUGUUUUUGGUGUUCAAAUGAUUUUUUUGUAGAAUAUAUUUAAUAAGAGUUACAUUCUGUAGAUCACAAAGAGCUACAGGGAGAGUUUAGAUUGUGAAGAGAAACGCUUUCUUUGUCGGUAGAUGAUGCGUGAUGACCAAUGAGUAUGUGCGAGCUGUGCUGUGUUGUCAUGGUGAUGAUGAGAUGUGAGUGUGUGUAGGAUCUGUGCUGUGUUGUCAUGGUGAUGAUGAGAUGUGAGUGUGUGUAGGAUCUGUGCUGUGUUGUCAUGGUGAUGAUGAGAUGUGAGUGUGUGUGUAGGAUCUUUGCUGUGUUGUUGUCAUGGUGAUGAUGUGAGUGUGUGUAGGAUCUGUGCUGUGUUGUUGUCAUGGUGAUGAUGAGAUGUGAGUGUGUGUGUGUAGGAUCUUUGCCGUGUUGUUGUCAUGGUGAUGAUGUGAGUGUGUGUAGGAUCUUUGCCGUGUUGUUGUCAUGGUGAUGAUGUGAGUGUGUGUAGGAUCUGUGCUAUGUCAGCUUUUAGGCUGAAAAUGAUGUGACCUAUAAGGAGGUUUGUUAUGACUCAGCACUUCCUGCUGAUUGGAGCCCUGUGAUGAGGAUUAAAAAAACUAGAACUUGAUUGUUGAAGUCUACAUGUUUUUAAAUGAAUGCAUCACUGUGUGAAAAUGUUCCUGAUGAACACAAAAAGAGGACACAUUACUAAAUCACAAUUUCAAAGUGGUGCAGAAAACCUUAAAUUGUGCAUAAAUAUUGAUCAAAUCGAGGGAAAGACGUUUCUGGUGCUAAAAAUGUUCAGAGGGAAAACCUCCAGACCUCCUACAAAGAUGUUUUUCAAAUAGACUAAACUUGUCAGCACAGUUUUUGUGCAUUAUAAAUGCAAUGAAAUAAGUCUGGUUGAACUGGUCAGUAACUUGCAAAUUAGUCUUAAGAUCAGUAUGAAAAAAAAUCGUGAUAAAAUAGUGAUCGUGAUUUUGCCAAAAAAAAAAAAUUGUGAUAUGAUAUUUUUUCCAUAUCGCCCACCUCUACAAUGUGGUCGUCCACAUCUUCCACUUCCACAGCUCAGUCCUGUCUUGUCUGCUGCCUGAAAAGGUUGCAGGUGCAGGCUCCAUGUUUGUUUGUUCUGGCUUAUAGCCAUCAUAAAUCUCUUUGGAGACAUGAAUGAUAUAAUUGGCUCGAUGAUGGAGGAUGGUACUGCCUCUCAAUCUAAGCAGCACAAGCAUUUGGUGUGUAUUCAUAUUAAAAGGAUGUUUUUGGUUGUGCAUGGAGUUGAGGUUUCUACUGUUUUGCAGCUUACAUAGAGAAGGGAAAAGCAGGUUUCUGUUGUGACGGCUGCAGCUUAGAAGUAUGAUGUGACCGCCCUGCCUUAGUGGGUGAAUGAGAAGUGGAUUCAUCCAGAGUUUAUCAAUUCUUCCCUGUAGGUCAGACUUGGUCAGCUCGACUUUAUUCCCUAAAUUACCUUAACACUAAUGCACCUAGCGUUUUUUUCUGAGCGCCAGCGUCAAUUGUUUUCAAUGAGGAGAGCGUGUUCGCAACAGAGAGCGGCCGUCUGGAGAAAAAGAGCAGCGCCCAGCUCCAAGCGCUCCUUUCCAAAUGAAUAAUAUUCACUGUAGUUUUGCCUCCUAGCGUCCGCCAUGCUAACUGGCAACAUAAAUAAAAUGUGUAUUUCAUCUUCUUCUCUUGUCAUGUAAUGGCAUUAAGGUGCGUUACCCUACCACACAUACUCUCUAAAAUUAAAGCACAGCAUAGACUUUUUUCUACCCUGGCAGACAUCCGUGACUCACGUUUGGGUCCUGACCCACCAGUUGGGAACCAUGGCUUUAGAAUAUUUGAAAUAUUCAGUUUUGUGUUUAUUCAGCCUAUGAGUAUCACUUUUUGUUUCUUUUUGUUGCCGUGGAAACAGGUUCUUUCUUUAAUUCAUCAGAGGGCGUCGUGGGUUUUGUUCUAAUCGAGGAGUGUUGUGUGCAGGUGAAUGAAUAAACCUUCCACCUGUAUGAAGCUGUGUGCACAAAUCUAAAACCACACUGUAUAUAAAACACCUGAUGUGGUAUUCAUGUGUCUAUUUAAAUUGAUCUCAGUCGUGUUAAAGCUGUAUGAACAAAGUUAAGCAUCAGUUGUAAUGUGAACACAAUGAUCCAAGAUCAAAUAUUUAACAUUUUGUCACCAUGGAUACAUUCUCAUGAUCAGACAGGUGCAUCAUUUGAUACAAGUUGGUGACGAUAUGCAAAUUAAGACGGUCACUGUUUUAUCAGCAGGUACAAAGAAUCCUUCUACUACUAAUCGGAUUUAAAAAACUAUCUUUGUAUACACUUCACAUAUUAUCGUCUGAUAAUGUACCUGAAACCUGAUGGUUGUAUGUGGGCUUGUGAAUGAUUGUACUGGUUCAGUUCAUUGAAUAGCUGACUGUAACUGACUACACAAUCAGAGGCUGAAACAGAUUCUGGUAUUGGCUUCGUAACAUCUCUAUUUUGGAUCUUGAGCUGCCUCUUCCUCUGUUUGGUUUAAAUUAUGUGUGUGAACAAUAAGGGGAAUGUGUGCACACACAUCUGAAGAGGACUCUGUAAAUGUUUUUGAUUGAACUGGCUUUAAGAAAUCAAACAAUUACUUUGAGCUGUGAGUCAGUUGUGGUACCAGUCUGUGGUAUGGUGGCUCACAGUAGCUCCUUUGUGCACUGACAGAUCGAGGCCUGUGUUUGUCACAGCAGCAGGUUUCAGCACAUUGUGAAUAAGUGUGUGUAGAUUAUUUAGACCGUGUGUGUGUGUGGACUUAUAUAGAGGUUAAUGUAGCAGUAACAAGCUGUAUUCAUGAAAUGUGUGUCAGACUAUUUUCCUCCACCACAAAGUGUGUGUGUGUUCAUGUGUGUGUGCGCGUGUGUGUUCAUGUGUGUGUUUAGUGUAAACGCUGAAGUGUUUGCUAUCCAAGGCAAUCUCUAUUCAUUUACAAUCAGUCAGCGUAGAACCAAAGAGUGAAUAUGCAAAAGAGCAGCCAGUAGCUCAUAGUAUGACGUCUGUAGUGUCCAUUCCUAAUAACAAAGCACACGAGAUUCAAGGCUGCUGAAGAAACUCUGAACACCACAGACGAGAAGAAGGGAAGUGGCGUGCAGAGAAAGAUUGAAUAUGAAAAAACAAAAAAGUAUUACUGCUUUUCAAGUUGUUCUAGCAGUGAAUGUGAAACAUAUCGACCAAGUACUGAAAGUUCAAACAUCAGAACGGUAAUUCCAUGUGAUCGACACACUUUCUGUUUUUCUUUACCAUUGGGAUUAAAAGGUGUAAUAAGUGAUCGAUCGGUGCCAGAAAACCAAACGACACUAAGUUUGGAGAAAACUCAACUACAUAUGACUAGUUUCAUGUUACACAUAAUUAUUUUAUCCAUUUCUUAUUUUGAAAGACACAUGUAAAUAAUGCAGCUUUAAAUAUCACCUUUUUAUAAAAUCUAAGACCCUCUGGUCCAACCUGAGAACUAAAUCAGGGAUUUCAACCUAAAUCUGACCUCACCACUAUUUAUUAAGCUGCACAAAAAUCUGAGGGCCAAACAUUUUCAAUUGAACAAUCAAAGAACGAAAAUAAAUUAAAAAAUCAAUCAGCAGGAGAACACAUGUAUUGCUGUAAACAUUCAGAGUCUGAUUAUCUGCAGUCACAAGUCUGCAGUGUAAUAUUUAAAGGAAGAAUGUGUGACUUUUUGAUCCAGUAGAUGUCGCCCUUGAGCACCAGCAUGAAACCAAAACAAACUGCUGUUUGGCGAGACAUCGGCUAUUCUGAAGCCUCCGCUCUCCUCCAGAGACACACCUCCAACCCCCCUCCACUCGUGUACGCAUGAAGGAGUUCAGAGCAAGUGGCGGACAAAAUAGUCCUUGGCUUGAGCUGCAAUUGCCUUUGGCCUGCAUUGUUGUGUUAGCACACUGUUAGCGCGUGGCUUCAUAUUGCACAUAAAUUGACACAGAAUGGCCGUGAUCUAAAGACACUUACGUGACACUCAAAUAAGCAGUGAGUAUGUUCUUCUUCUUUUCUCUAGUCCUUGACUAAAACAGCUUUUACA